AAUUAAACUUAUUCAAUGGCUGUCGUGGGCCCAUCGUCUCUUCUAAUCCCCGUUUCUUCUCUAUAAUUAUCCUUAAUCCCAAUUGUUAGCAUCCCACAUCGUCUUUUCAUAUUUCAGGACAAACACACAGAAGCUUCACAAACAGAAAUGGCGGGCGGAGCAUUUACUGAUGCGGCGUCGUUGAAAAGGGCUCAUCUUUAUGAGUAUCGGAUCACUGGCUACUUCCUUACUGCUUGCUUUGUGGCUGCCCUUGGCGGCGCCCUGUUUGGCUAUGAUCUUGGAGUUUCUGGUGGGGUGACUUCCAUGGAUGAUUUUCUGAAGGAUUUCUUCCCAAAUGUAUACAAAAGAAAGCACCUUCAUCUCACAGAAACAGAUUACUGUAAAUAUGACAACCAAAUUCUCACACUUUUCACAUCCUCUUUGUACUUUGCUGGUUUGAUCUCCACUUUUGGAGCUUCCUAUGUGACAAGAAAACGAGGCCGAAGAGCCAGCAUCCUCGUUGGAUCUGUCAGCUUCUUCUUAGGCGGCGUCAUCAAUGCUGCUUCAAUCAACAUCUCAAUGCUCAUCAUUGGCCGGAUUUUCCUCGGCAUCGGCAUCGGUUUCGGAAACCAAGCAGUGCCAUUGUAUCUAUCUGAAAUAGCCCCGGCGAAGAUCCGAGGAGCGGUUAACCAACUGUUUCAAUUGACAACAUGCUUGGGGAUUGUGAUUGCAAAUUUCAUAAACUAUGGAACUGAAAAGAUUCAUCCAUGGGGGUGGAGGCUGUCUCUUGGAUUGGCCACAGUCCCAGCAUCUUUGAUGUUCAUUGGCGGACUUUUCCUUCCUGAGACACCCAACAGUCUGGUGGAGCAGGGAAGAAUGGAGGAGGGAAGAGCUGUGCUUGAGAAAAUCAGAGGGACGAAGAAUGUCGACGCCGAGUUUGACGAUCUUGUCGACGCAAGCAAUGAGGCACGCGCCAUAAAACACCCUUUCAAGAACCUCUUGAAGCGAAAAAACCGACCCCAAUUGGUGAUUGGAGCAUUGGGAAUCCCCGCAUUCCAGCAGCUCACUGGCAUGAACUCCAUUCUGUUCUAUGCUCCUGUCAUGUUCCAGAGUUUGGGAUUUGGCUCUGAUGCAGCCCUGUAUUCAUCUACCAUCACAAGCGUUGCGCUUGUUGUGGCUGCUUUAAUUUCAAUGUUUUUGGUGGAUAAGUUUGGGAGAAGAGCUUUCUUUCUCGAAGCAGGUGCUGAAAUGAUAUGUUGCCUAAUAGCAGUGGCUGUGACACUAGCGAUAUUGUUUGGACAAGGGAAGGAGCUUCCAAAGCUGGUAGGGAUCUUCCUUGUUAUAGUGAUCUGCAUAUUUGUGUUGGCUUAUGGAAGGUCAUGGGGGCCGCUGGGUUGGUUGGUGCCGAGCGAGCUGUUCCCACUGGAGACGAGAUCGGCAGGGCAGAGCAUGGUGGUGUGUGUCAACAUGCUUUUCACGGCUUUGAUAGCGCAGUGUUUCCUGGCAGCUAUGUGCCAUCUCCGGUAUGGGAUCUUCCUGUUGUUCGCGGGGUUGAUUAUGAUAAUGAGCAGCUUCAUCUUCUUCCUGUUGCCGGAGACCAAACAGGUUCCUAUUGAAGAAGUGUAUCUGCUGUGGCAGAAUCACUGGUUUUGGAAGAGAUUUGUUGCAGAAGAAGGUGGAAAUGGAGUGAAGGGGAAUGUUAAAGGAGCUGGAAAUGCGUAGAUUGCGUAUUAAAUUACUAUUCUGUGUUGGUUAAUUUCUUAGAGCAAAUCAAACAAAUUCGACCGAGCUCACUGUAAACAGAUAUUGUAAA